AUGUCAACCACGAUCGAGUCUCUCGGUCCGUUGACCACCACCUUCACCCCGUCGGCAACCUGUCUCACCGAUCUCUACCGAUACGCCUACGGCUUCGUCCACCUCAAUGUGGACACGAGCACGUCAGAUUGUAUGCCUACGGGUUGGAACUACAACAUCGGCGCCACCAACCUCUGCGUCUCGACCAUGGCCUCGACCCAGGCCUACGUCUUCUACAACGUCGUCGUCGGUCAGACCAAGAGCCUGGUCUCCAGCACCGGGUCCGAGGGCGUGAAUGCCUUUGGCAUUAGCAUCCGCUACAAGUCCACCGACUUUGUCUCGUCCACCACCACGACGUCCGGCUUGGCCACCACGACCGCCGCGGCCACGGCGACGCCGACGACGACGGGCGCAGCCGCUACGAGCACUGGCAGCAGCGACAGCAGCAAGAGCAGUGGCGGUGGGCUGAGCUCUGGCGCCAAGAUUGGCGUUGGUGUCGGUGUCGGUGUCGGUGUCGGUGUCGGUGUCCUGAUCAUCAUCGCCCUCGUCGCCUUCCUCUUAUUCCGCCGGAGGCGCCAGGCGCAAGACAUCCGGGCUGUCCCAGCCACCGACGACGUGCAUUCCACUCCAUCGCCACCGGCUCCGUCACCGCCGGCCAAUUCGUACGGAUACACACAGCCGCCGGAGCAAAAGUACAUGCAGCAGAGUCUGAUCGCCGAGGCGCCACAAUACGGCCGGUGGAACGGGCCGACAGAACUGGCAGAACUGGCGGCAGAGCCGGCAGAGCUGCCGGCGGCACAUUGA